GGCGGCGGCGGCGCGACGGCGAUUGAGCGCGGAGUGGCGCGCGCGAAGCGGCGUCGUCGUGGACGCCGCGGGCGGCGUGAUGGUGUUCAUCAAGGAGAUGGACGACGCGGACGACGCGGCGACGACGACGGCGAUGGAGACGUCGGUGACGCGCGAUGGGACGAGCGCGUGCGUGGUCGAGAUCUCGGACGAGGCGGAGAUGGCGACGGCGGCGGCGGACGCCGAGGCGGUUCGCGACGCGACGUCUCCGCCGACGCCCGCGCUCGAUGUCGAGUCGGGGUGA